ACGUGCUGAGCGCGAGCGGGGGCUUCACUGGGAUGAUCAUUCCUUCGACCAAGAAUGGCCUCCGUUCAGAAAGGGAGUGUUAUUGUGAUCAUGGGUGUGAGUGGUUCUGGGAAAUCCACAAUAGGACAUAUGCUAGCAGAGGUCAUGGAGUGCAGAUUUCUUGACGCCGACGACUUCCACCCGGCAUCGAAUAAAGAGAAGAUGCGUAAAGGAAUCCCUCUCUCUGAGGAAGAUCGAAUCCCGUGGCUCGAAACACUACAGGACACCUUGCGUGAGAGCUUGCUGGACGGAAAAACCGCGGUUCUUGGCUGUUCUGCUCUGCGGAAGCAUUAUAGGGAAAUUCUAAGAUCCGCCGACCCGAAGUAUCAGUCAGGCAGCUUCUCUAGCUCAGUGAAGUUUGUGUUGCUGGAUGUGGAGGCCAAAGUCCUUGCCGCCCGACUACAGAUAAGAGCUGCAGAAGGGAAGCAUUUUAUGCCACCCUCGCUUUUGCAGUCUCAGCUGGAGUUGCUCCAGGUGGAUGAAGCAGAAGGCAUCUUGAAGGUUGAUGCUUCUUCGAGUCCGCAAGCAAUCGUGGCUAACAUUCAAGCUUCGAUUCUACAGUGUCGAGGUAACCCGUGAGUUGCUUCUGUACUUUGUAAUGCUAAGGAUUGCCCCGGGCCAUCGAAUUGGUGGGGGGGUUUCGAUAUGCUUUACACAUUGAGUUGGGAGGGAGCUGUGUUGAAACCUGACAUUAGAUGGAGUGAUUGUAUGAUCCUCACUUUACAUUUGCUGCUCAAUUUCAAUUUCUCUGUUAUAUUUUGAGUCAGAAAUGAGGACACAAAUUUUCUAGCUUUUAGCUUGCGCGUAGUACCGGCACCGGAGUUCCGGUCCAAGCUUGGCUUAUGCAGACAUAGGAAGCCAAGACAAGUACGGGCAGCAUGAGAUUACACCGAGGAGAUCAGAUGGAACUCGACUUCGCGCUUAAUGUUAAUGUCGGUUUUCCACACGCUUUCGCGAUGAAAACCGCGAUGCCGGAGCAAACUUGUUGGUCCAAGCUUUCCCUUGUUAGCGUUUGAUCUUUGCAUGAAGUGGCCCAUUGCAAUGGAAAUUGCUUUGGAUGAACUUCUAGACUCCACUUAGCGAUUUUAGUUGACUUUCAACAA